CAUUCGUUUCGUAACACAAACGCGUCUCCUUUGUUCUGUUGUAUUUAAAAAAAAAUAUCGUGGAAAUGAAAGUUUUACAAAUAUUGUUAUCAGUUACGUUGUGAAUGGGCGAGGUCACCCUUAAGUGUUUGUACUAUAUACUCGAAAACGAAACGCGCAGACUCCGACUUGACAGGGGCGCUGGAAUCAAAUAAGUCGCGUGUUAACAAACUCAAGAUUAGGUUGCCAGGCUUUAUAAGAAAGCUUACAAAAAUUCUGUGUAAAUAUACAUCCUUAAGUGGAUAGUGACUUCCUAAUGACAAAUAUGACUGUGAAUAGCGGAUUCAAGAAAAGUUUAUGCGAAGCCGGCCUUUGCUUAUAGUUUACUAGUGUGAGUGGUGGACGGUGAGUCACUGCAGUGCGAUGUGAACGGGCGAGGAAUGAUGGACGUGCAACUAAGUGAACAGACCAAGUGGCAUCGUGGAGGCUUCCUCUCCACUCUCAACAGAAGUUUCCGUCUCGCCACCAAGUCUAAAAGCGUUGAAACUUCCCCAGUAGAGAAUAAGACUAUUGAAAAAAGUUUGGAUAUGAGCACAACGGGUCUAAACACGACGACUGAGACUCCAACUGCAUUACGGCCAUUAGAAAUCGUAGCUCCUAGGAUAGACACGUACAGAUUUUCAAUGGCUAAUUUGGAGGAGACGCAGGAUGCUGAUCUGGACGCAAUACUCGGAGAGCUGUGCGCACUCGAUUCCGAAUAUGACGAGGAAAUAUCCAGAGUAUCUGCAGAUUAUUCUACACAAUCCAAAGAAAGAGGAGACGGCGAAAGUUCACAGCGUCAGGAACGCAAGGAGUGUGGUGACGGGAACUCGAGUGUUGCGCGCACGGACUCCCCAGACAAUGACUCCGCUUUUAGUGAUACUGUGUCGAUGCUAUCUAGCGAGUCUUCUGCAUCAAGUAGUGCGAGCUCUAAGUGUAAAGUAAUGAAAUUAAGUUUACUUCCGAACCAGAAGGAUGCCGUUUUUCAACAGAAAGCGGACAAAAUUAAAUUAGCAUUGGAACGAAUGAGGGAGGCCAAUAUAAAGAAGCUGUUCAUAAAAGCGUUUUCCACGGAUGGAUCCUCAAAGAGCUUGUUGGUUGAUGAAAAAAUGACAUGUGGCUACGUUGCAAGGUUGCUCGCAGAUAAAAACCAUGUCACAAUGGAACCAAAGUGGGCGAUAGUGGAGCACCUGCCGGAUUUGCAUAUGGAUCGAGUGUACGAAGAUCACGAGAUGCUGGUCGAUAAUCUAAUGCUGUGGACGCGGGAAUCUAAGAACAGGAUCCUAUUCGCUGAAAGACCAGAUAAAAUAUCACUUUUCCAGAACCCCGAAAAGUUCCUGCUUACAGAAGAUGACAGGGGUUGGUCCAGUGAACACGAUGAACAUUCACGUCAAGUUAUAAUAGAAGAAUUCUUCGGCCACAGCGGUGCUUCAUCCGUGGUGCCUUCUGUAUCUGGAAAUCCCGUGCCACCAAUGGAAGGCCCACUUUAUCUAAAAAGCGACGCCAAAAAGGGAUGGAAAAAGUACUAUUUCGUCCUCCGCCCAUCUGGACUGUACUAUUUACCGAAAGAUAAAGUGAAGACGUUGAAGGAGCUAGUGUGCUUGGCAACUUUCGACACCAACGAAGUGUAUUUAGGAGUGAAUUGGAAGAAGAAGUAUAAAUCGCCAACAGAUUACUGUUUCGCAAUCAAGCAUCCGAGACUGCAACAACCAAAGAGCGUUAAAUUCAUAAAGUUCCUGUGCGCCGACGACCAAAGGACGUUGGAAAGAUGGAUAACUGCCAUGCGAAUAGCUAAGCAUGGUAGACAGUUGCUGGAAAACUACCGAUCACUCGUCGAAGAGUUGACUCAGGAAGACUUGGACCACCUGGCCCAUGCACGAUCCUGUUCCAUAACAUCGAUCCCUACAAAAACUAAUGGCACCGCGCCAGUAGGGGUCAACAUACCCCCGCAGUCUACGUCCAGCAAUGUCAGUGCUGCUAACUCGGACAUAAGCAGCGGAAGACAUUCACGGGCCUCGUCGUCGAGUUCAAGCGGUUGUCUCUCCGAUGGCGGAACUGCGUCCGAAAGUGCUUUCGAUUGCGAGUUCCCUAUGGGAACAAUUAAACGAAAACCAUCUAUGAAACCAAACAUCCCUCUGACAUGGAUGACACGGCAGCUAAAAGAAAUGGUUGAAAAUGAGGGUGACACGGAUCCCGGCGACUCCGGGACGCUCACGCGGCGGCCACGACCACGAGACGAUUCAACUCUCAAACGUCACCACUCGACAGCUACAGAAACGUCAGACUCGCAAAUAUACAGCACUGGAAGCAUCACUUCCAGCACCCCGAGUCGUACUGAACAGACCUCUCCAUCAUAUGGCAUUUACGAAACUAUCGCGCGAGACCCCUACAGGGCUAGCGUCGACACCGCCUCAUCUCUCUACGGGUACACUAUUUACGACAAGGCGCAACCAGUGCAAGAAGUCGCUGUCGAGGAUCUUCCACUGCCACCCCCACCAACUGAUGACGUUCCUGAUGGAAUGUUCAGCUCAACGCUCAGUCUUGACUCUUUACCACCUCCCCCACCGCCUCUCGAUCCUAUCGAAGACAUUUGCGGAUCGCAACUCAGUCUUCCACCGCCUCCACCAGAACACACAAUAGAAGCCCACUCAGGGCGUGUGCAAGACAUCGUCAGUCAAUUAACAGCUCAACAAAUAGAACAAACUGCACGAGCUGGUCAGAAAAAUAGUAUUCUGAUUUCUGACCCGAGCCGCUUAUUCCCACGACAACCAUCCCUAGACAGCGUCAACUCCGAUAAUUCCAAAACAUCUUCUCUGCACUCCGAUAAGAGCAUUUAUGGGCAACAGAAUGUUGCUUACGGCGCUUGCCUCGUUGAAUUGCAGACCAAGAAACUCAGUAAUGGAAGCCCGUCCAUACAAAAGAAAUUGACUGAACCGGCGAAGGAACGAUCCAGCUCCAUGAAGAAAGUUAACUUUGCAGAUGAUCUCCCAACUUGUUCAGAUAAGAAAAACAAGAAAAUAACCUUCAAUUUAACAGACGCUCCACCUUCACCACGGAAACCACCACCACCAAAGCGCAAUGAAAGCACUCGCCUGUCAUCCCCGAAAAAACUGGCAGAAUCAAACAGCAACCCACCCAAAGAGUUUCUUAAGGAUCUGCAAAGAGUGAUGCGGAAAAAGUGGCAGGUCGCUCAGAAAUGCAAACUGGAACCUGCAACAACACCGCACGAGGUGCUGGGUUUUAGAGAAUAUCCAUUAUCAGAUGAUUAUAAGGAAACAAGUGUGUCCAUGUGGGUACACGAGCAUUAUGGGAGCGGAACCGAAGUUGAAGACCCAUUUUACGAAAACGUUUUCGGGAGGGAGGCGCCACCUCGGCGUGAGGAGCCAAAACCUAUAAAGAAACGCCCACCACCAGCGCCGCCUCGCCGUAGCGACUCUACUCACUUGACUACACACCCUGGACUACCUGGACCUUCGCAUUCCUCGUUGCCUGCACACACUUCCGCGGUGCAACCGACCGCUUGAGACCGCCUGAACAUAUCGCUCGCGUUGUGUGGCUUAGCCUGUCGAAUGUGCAAUACACGUGAUUCAAACCGUUAGAACUCUUCAACGAACUUAUGUUGUGAAAGAGUGACGAAAUGACUUGCGAGCGAUAAAAUAAAUGAACUCUCAUGUUUAAUAUCAAUGUUAACGCCAAGUGUAUCGCGUUGUAGUAGUUAAUGUCCAUGAUUGCAUAAAUGUAGUGAUUUUAUGUAUAGUAUCUAAUCAGAGUCUGAGCGGCUCUCUGAUGUAGCUAAUUUGCAUUUGGUCUGCUGAAAUGAACUUCAACAGUCGACCAUUUAGUUUCAUUUAUAUCUAUGCAUGGAACUCAGUUCUCAGUAAUGUGUUAAAAUGCGACCAAUGGUAAUUUUGAAGGUAAGGUUGGAACAAGUUUGAGGUAAAAUGUAUGGCGGUGCUAUUAAGAAGUGGUCUACCUAACGUAAGGCGAAUUUUACAGGUCCAGUUCAAACAGAAAUAGCUGUCUAUUGAUUUGUCAUUUUGUUAAAUUAUUAAUAUUAAACAAAUUGCGAAUAAACAAGGCCCUGUGUCCUGAUAUGACAAUGAAAUGUUAACAUAGCAUAGUUAGUUUCGUGACGUAAACUUUGAAACCUAUUCAUACAAACAGUACAUAAUCUUUGCGUGACAAAUAAUUUGUUUACUACGAAUUCUUAACAGUAAUUUUGUUGUUUAAAAAAAUAAAUUGAUUAAUUUCCAGUCUUGAAAUAGGAAACUUACGGAGAUGAUGCUAUAUCAUCUCGACGUAUGGAAAUUUGACGACAAAAUUGACAUAGCAUAAUAUAGGUAUUUAUUGAAUUUACUUUGACUUUUGUCAAAAUUAUAUUUAGUUCCUAAUUCCCUACGAAUAGUUAUUAUUCGUAGCUAAACACUGUGGGAUAUCUGCAUUGAUCUUGGGAAGAGGUACUAAGAGAGCUAGGACUUCGCUACGCCACUGAUAAUUACCGACUCAUAAUAAUAAUUCAAAGUGAAGAUAAUUUGAAGUAAGGAAACUUUUCUCUCAAGCGUCUAGGAUAUACGAUUUAAAACUAUAGAAACAAAUAGUAUCUCUUAACCGCCCAAACCUUAAUUAUUAUAUUACCUUCGCAACGAUAUCAAGGAUUGUUCCAAUUUAUAGAUAAAACGAUUUCUGGAUUAAAGAUAAACUGAGUGUGAUGAUAAAUAAUUAGUUAAUUUUUUGUAAGUACCUGA